AUGGAGCACAUGAAUGCAAGUUUGGAUAGUCUGAGAGCUGAUCGCGAAUGGACAAUGGAAGAGAAUGCUCGCCUGCUGAAACUGCUCAAUUCCCACAAAGAAAAAUUGCAUGAUGCAUGGGAAGCAUUGGAUGGAAGGCAAAAAGAGUGCGAAGAGCUUCGCCAAAAAUUAGAUCAUGAUCAAGCACUGGUUGUUCGAUUGGCCGAUGAUCUGGAAGAGGCCCAACAAACAGCCAACACCCUUCUACAACAAAAAAUAUCGAUUCUGGACGAUGUAGACAGGCUAAAAGGCAUGUUUUUUUCCCUUUUUUUCUUUUGGCUAUAA